GUCAAUCACAACACUUUCAACAAGUUUGCGUGUAACGCUCAGAGUUGGUUGUUAUGGGCUUGACUCAUAUCUCUAAAACAGACUGGAUGUGACCCCGUGACCUCUGGUUGCCAGGGAGCGAGUGGUGGGACCAUGGCUGCUGGGGCUACAGUCGGGGAGAGCCAGCUCCAGAGGAUUAUCCGAGAUCUGCAUGAGUCUGUCGCAGAGCUUGCAAAGGAGUACAGGGAAAAUGGGGAGCCGAUCACAGAUGACAGUACAAAUCUGCACAAAUUCUCCUACAAACUGGAGUACCUGCUGCAGUUUGACCAGAAGGAGAAGACGACAUUUCUGGGUACAAAGAAGGACUACUGGGAAUACUUCAGUGACUGUCUGGCUAAGAUCAAAGGAGCCAAUGAUGGUAUCCGCUUUGUCAAAUCCAUCACUGAGCUGAAGACAUCCCUGGGGAAAGGAAGAGCAUUCAUUCGCUACUCCCUCGUACAUCAGCGACUGGCCGACACACUGCAGCAGUGCCUGAUGAACCAGAGAGUCACCAGUGACUGGUACUAUGCAAGAAGUCCCUUCAUGAAGCCCCACCUUAGUGUUGACAUCAUCAGCCACCUGUAUGAGCUCAACGAGGUCCAGUUUGAUGUGGCAUCCAGAGGUCAUGAUCUCGACGCCUCCUGGCCAACCUUUGCAAGGAGGACACUGGGAAGCUCACCUGGCCACAUGUGGAAACCACCCAGCCGCAGCUCCAGUAUUAACAGCCUGGCCAGCACUUACUCACAGCAAGCACCUGAGUUCCCCUCUAGCCCCGACUAUGGCCAGGGCCUGUUGAAUGACCUGAAUGAGUCUCUGCCUGCCUGCAUCGAAGAUGUCAGCGCAGUUGAAGACCUUCGCCUGGAGCUGGAUCAGUCAGAGCUGAAGCAGCGAGACCUCCUCGUUAAGGUGCAGCAGCUCGGCGAGGAAGCCGCUGAGCUCAGGGGAGUAGUUGUGGAGCUCCAGAGGCAGCUGGAUGUGUCGCUUGCUACCCAAGAGAAGCAACAGGGUUUGCAGGGAGAGCUCAGGGCUGUUCAGGGGAGAGAGGAGGCUCUGUCCAGAGAGGUGGAAGCACUCAGGACUGGAGAAAAAGCCCGGGAGGCUCAGCAGCUCCAGCUUCAGGAGAAGCUGGCAGCUGCUGAGGGGAAGAACGUAGAGCUCAUGGCGAAGUUAGGUGGGGUUCUGAAUGAGAAGGGCCAGCAGGCAGCCAGCCACUUUGAUUCAGCACAGAAGAUACACGAGUUGCUUGACAGAUUGAAAGAGGCAGAGAAAGGAAAGCUGGAAGCUGUAGCUGAGGUGGAGGACAAGAGGAGGCGGACAGAAAGAUUAGAGGAGGAGCUGAGAGACAAGGAGGUGGCUGCAAGAGAGGCUGAAUCAAAACUUGAAGCAUUACUGACAUCAGUUUCUGAGGAGAAGGCCAAGCUGGAGGCAAAAGUGGAGGAACAGUGUGGUGCUCUUGACAAGCUGCAGGGAGCCUUGACAUUGAGAGAGAAGGAGGCGAGCAAUCUACAGAGGCAGCUGCAGGACCUCCAGAAAUGUGUAGAGGACAAAGAGAAAGAUGUGGAAGAGGUGAAAAGGAGAGCACAAGAAGAUAAAGAUGAGCUGCAGAAGAAUGUUGGUGGCUUGAAAGAUUCUUUAAAAGCGGAAGUCGCUGCCCUUACAGAGCAGAUUAAGAGUAAAGAGGCCGAGCUGACCUCCAGCUGUGAGACACUACAACAGCUAGAAACCAAAAACCAAAGCCUGAACUCAGAGAAGGACGAGCUUACCACGAGCCUUGCUGAGCUGGAGGGUAACAUAAAGGAACAGGCCACAAAGAUGGAGGAAUACAAGACACAGUGCACCAGUCUGAUGGAGCUGAAUGAGAAGCUGCUGACCACGGUGAAGAGGAAUGAGGAGCUGAUGAAGGACAUGGCAGAAAACAGAACAGCGCUCGAGGCUGAACUAGCAGCUCUGAGGGCUUCUGAGAAACAACUGAGAAGCCAGCUGGAUGAUACCAAGAUGACAGUGGAUGAAAAAGAGAAGCGGUUGCGCGAAGAAAACCGCAAGCUGGAUGAGACUCUGCAGCGAGCCACCAUGGCUGCAAAGCUCUCAGAGACCACGUCAAAGCGGCUGGAACAGGAGAACCAGAGUCUGAGAGAGGAGCAGGACAAUGUGAAAGGAGCUCUUAGCCGCAUGCAGGCAGAUUUGAAGAAUGUUCAUGGGCAGAUCGGAGAGUUGGAGAAGAACUUAGGGGCUUCACGCAAGAACGAGGCCAAUCUUCAAGAACAGCUCCAAGCCAAAGAGGCUCAGCUAGAGAGUAAAGAGAAGGACCUUGGUACGUUGCAGUCCAGAUUAGUGGAGCUAGAGACCAAGGAGAAGGAGCUUGAGAUUGCAAAAGCUAACGCAGAGGCAACCUGUGUUCGACAGACAGAAAUGAUUGAAAGGGUGACCUCUGAGAAACAGGCGAUGGAGAAAUCUCAGCUGGAGAGGAGUUCGGUCCAAGCCAAGGAGAACCAGGAAGUGACUGGCAAACUAGCUGUGGUUGAAGGCCAGUUGGAGGUUAGCAUGAAGGACGUGUCCAGGCUUCAGGCGGAGGUCCUUGACCUCAGGGUGCAGGUGCAGAGAGCUGAAGAGGAAAAGCUUAAAUCCACAGCACAGCUGGAGGUGACAGAAGCCCAAAGAGAUGAGCUCAGGACUCUGACCGAGCAGCUUAAAUCUCAGACUGAAGCACUGAAUAAGAACCAUGUAGCAGAGCUCAUGGAGUGCAAAAAGAAAGAAGAGGCGCUCGCUCAACAGCGUGAUCGAGAAGUAGCUGCCCAUGCCGAGCUGGCCAUCUCUGCAGCUGCCAUCCGAGAAGAGCUGGCCACCCUCAAGGCAGAAAACGAAAAGCUGGCUUUAGAAAGCAACGAGACUCGUGAAGGUCUGCACAGGGCAAACACUGAGAUGGCAGAGCUGGGAAUAACCAUCUGUAAGCUAAGUGCAGAAAAGGAAGAGGCCAAAGAGCACUGGGCAGGCGAUGCUGCUAAGAUCGAAGAGCUGGAGAAAGAUGUGGAGCGACUAGAGGAGUGCAUGAAAGAACUACGGCUGGAGAACAGUCAUUUAAAAGAGGAGCUUAUACAGAAGGAGACACUUCCAAGGACGAUCACGGAGCUCCAGGAUGAGCUGGAAAAGACCAAGACCCAAGUGCAAAGCAUCAAAGACUCCUGCCGAGAGGAGAUGGAGGCAGUUAAGUUCCAGAUGAGCUCAGAGAGCAUGAAUCACCAGGUUCAGAUAAAGAGUGCGAAUGAACAACUGGACAAGGUGAAAGUCCAGCUGCAGGAGGAGCAGAUGAAGGUGUCCAGCUUGCAGGACAAAGUGUCUGAACUCGAGGCUGUGAAUGAGCAAUACCUGCAGCUGACUGGGGAGAAAGAUGCUCACAUCACCAAGACAGAAGCAGCAGUUCGCGGGAACGAAAGCGAGAUUCAGCAGCUCAGAGACGCAGUGACCAGUGCUGAAGAAGCACACCUGGCAGCUCAAAACCUGUGCGACGAACUGAAGCAGAAACUGAAGACAACGGAAGCCGACAAGCAAAACCAGUAUCUGAAGACGACCGCGGAGAUCGAUGACCUCAACAGAACCAAGACCAACCUUGAAGAGCGGCUCAUCGAGCUGAUAAGGGACAAAGAUGCGCUGUGGCAGAAGUCGGAUGCUCUGGAGUUUGAGCAGAAACUGCGAGCCGAGGAGCGUUGGUGGUUGGUGGAUAAGGAGGCGACGCAUUGUCUCGACUGCCAGGGCCAGUUCACCUGGUGGGUGCGCAGACAUCACUGCAGGCUUUGCGGCCGCAUCUUCUGCUACUACUGCAGCAACAACUUUGUUAUGACCAAGCACAGUGCAAAGAAGGAGCGCUGCUGCAGGGACUGCUACAGCCAGCACAGUGCGGUGGUGGAGAGGUUCACCGAGGCUGAGCUGAGUCCUUCAGAUGUGGCUCCUCCUCCACCUGGAGCUGGACCUCAACCACCUCCCGAACCAGCGCCGUAUAAACCCACCCCCAGGGUAACAGUUUCAGACCCCUGUAACCGAUCUGACGAUGGAGUGUUCGAUAUCAUCACAGAAGAGGAGGUGAACGGCGUCUACGACAGCGACGCCACUUCUCAAACCACCGGAGGCUCCCUGGAGGGAGAACAGGACCGACGGCAGCCAGGGGCGCUGGACAUAGGCUCUGGAGAGGCGACCGCUGAUGAGGAGCAUGUUCCCACCGUUCAGGAUUCAGAGAUCAACCUUCUCAAAUCAGGAGAAGUCACGAUGGCUGUCCCUCUCGGCAUUGAUGAUAUUUCUCAGUUUGGCGACGGUACCAAGGAGCUCUUCAUCAAGUCCAGCUGUUACAGCGUCAUAACUGUUGCUGUGGGUGACUGCGGCCCAACCAUCUGCUGGAUGUUUUCCUCUGAGCCCAAGAGCGUCUCCUUUAGUGUGGUGUACCGGGAAUCCAGCGACAUUCAGGUGGAACAGUCAAAGGUCCUGAUUCCUCUGACUCGCUGCAAUUCCCAUAAAGAGACGAUUCAGGGACAGCUGAAAGUGCGACACCCCGGCCUCUACACACUCAUCUUUGACAACUCCUUCUCACGGUUCAUCUCCAAGAAGGUCUUCUACCAUCUGACUAUGGAGAAGCCUGUAAUCUACGAUGGGAGCGACUGUCCCUGAAGCCCCCACAGAGGCGCCGCCGUGAUGUCACUGUGACAGCUGGAGGGAAACUGGCAGGACGGCAACUCAGUGAUUUGUUUUUAGAAACCAAGUAUUUUCUGUUUAUUUAACUCAUGUUUUCACUUGUGGCCCAAGUGAAUUGUUCUUAACCAGAAGAAAGACGUUUCAGAAGGUUCAGCUCAUGCACCAAGUCUUCUAGAUGCCUUCAGUUUGUAGUUUAGUUUUUACUGUUUGUCUGUAGGUCUUCGGUUUGGUUUGGCCUCUCUUUUCCCAAAUAUCUUGCUGGGAAUUCAAGUUACUGCACCUGCCUCUAGCAGUUUAAGAUCCGACACGAGGCUGUUAGCGGAUGACAAUCGUUUCUGUGCAAAAGUGCAGAAAUAUUUUAACAUUUUUUUAAAUUCACGGCCAGUUAUACGUGUUAUGUGAGGUCUUUUAAAGCAGAUGCUGUAGAGGUUUGAGCACAGUGCAGAUGGGUGUUUGUUUGCGGUGACAGCAAGGCAUUGUGGGUCUUUGUGUACGUCAUCGUGGCAAUGUGUGAUCCUGGAGACACCUGCUGCAGACGUAGCAUCACAACCAUGCAAGAUGAAGCCAGGAAGCUCUACAGAUGUGUAGUUGAGAGUUUAAAGACUGAUGACACACGAGUACUGCAAAUAUUACUGCAGUAGCAAUAAUGUGGUAGUGACGAAUGAGUGUUCGUUAUUUGGAACGCUGUGAUGCGACUGGUGCCAUCCCAUUGCAAGAUAGAUUCUAGUUCAGAAACAUGUCUUUGGACAGCUGUACUUAAUCAUUCAUUAAUCAAUAAUAAAUAACACUUUGUGCACACAAACACAUACACUUCAGUAUCUGCAAACCAAAGAAUUAACAUCAAAUAUCAGCUAGCUCGACAGAGGUUUACAUUCUGUAGCCGUCUGUUCUGUGCACGCUCCCCUUAGCGUGCCCUCCCUGACCCUAAGCCUUUAUGGUAGCUUAGUGUUGAUCUCAGAGUAUUGAUUAGUCCUGUGAUCAUGUAGUAAUGACUGCUGAGUCAGCAUAUCCAUCUGUAGCUCUUUAUUUGACUUGUCUGAUACGCUAUGUUUGCACUUGUCCAGCGCAGGAUGGCAAGAAAAAGAGAAAGAAGCAGUAACCAAUAAUUGCUCUGGAAAAAACAACUUCUGCUUCAUCACGAAGCAAAAGCACUUUGUGCACGUCUCAGGAGGGGACGUUCAGCUGUCCUCCAGGGGGAGCAUGUCCCUGUUUUUGAAAACUACAAGAGAAGGAAAUAAAAACUGCCAUCAUAGUUUGUGUGUGAGGAGCCCUGCACACCAGCUUCUCCUCCCACUUUAUAUGUAGGAGCUCAUCAAGUGUCUGCUUUUACUAUUACAACGACCUUCAGUUGAGCUCCAUCACUGACUGUCUGCUAACGAGCUACUGUACGUCCCAAGUGCCUCUCGAUUCUGAUUGCAGGAAUUAGUUUGCUUCUGUAUAUUUUCCUCUUUGUCCUCUCAGAAGCUGACCCUCAGUAGGGAUUGUGUACAAACGGCAUUUCUGCAGAAUAUUACGUCUUCUGGUGAUUUUCCUGUUUGGUUUUUAUCUGAAUCUCUGGAGUCUUUUUGUCGUAUUUUUCGAUACCGCUCUGCUCUUCUUGUACUCUCAGUGAUGAAAUCAGUUUGAAUAUCGUGUGCUGUUUUUAAUUUCAAAGUAAAGCAAUAAGGAUGAAUGACCGUGGUCACUUUCAGAUGCGACCCUACACUACCUAGCAAGUGAUGACGCUGCUUUUCCUGGUCUCUGCUUCUGACGGGGGCAAGUUGAUGCAACACUUCAUAUUUUCUAAAGCUGCACUUUGUGAUGACAUUUUUAAAUGGUUGCAAUAUUAUAUCUGUUAAAUUUAUACUGUUGUCGUCAGAUGCUUCACACGCUGACAGAUGUUUGUACGAGCUCUUUCUGAAGGAAGGAAAACUGACACGAUUCAUGGCAGCAGGUGCCGGUGAGAGAAGAGCCAGUAAACACAAAUAAAGUGUGUCUGACGUCCUGGAUUCUGUCUGUUCUAGUAAACGGCUGCUUGAAAUGUCAGAACAACGAGAUCGACACGUUAUUUCUGCCUCGCUUUCAGAUAUCUGACAUCUACAAAGACGCGUGUUUGGCGUCUAACAAUACCUUCAGCUGAAUUUACAUCACAAGGGAUGAGCUGUCUGACAGGGAAAGACUUUUCAUUUUGACAGGUGACAGCAGAGCUCUACAGAGAACACAAGCGUUUGAAGUUUGUUGCUCUGCCACAAAUCCAUGAAUUAUUGAACCUUACUUGGAUUCAAUGUGACUUUUGAAAGCAAAAGCACGCCCAAACCUUUGAGUCUAUAUUGAGACACAUUUCUUCCAUUGAAUCCUGAGAGCUUCAGGAAAAAGUCUCCUGAAGACAUUUCAAGAGCCUUCUUCAGUUAUUAUGAACGGAGCUUUUAAUGAACUUCUCAGGAUUAUCGUGACCUGGAUGACGGAGAAUCUACACAGAGAUAUUCCUUCUACAUGGUUUUUAAUAAACUUUUAUAAUACUUUGACAUUUAAAA